UCAAAUUAAAUGGCAGCCAUGGAUAACGAACCCCGCACCGAAUUGCAAGAUUUGCAAAUGAAGGCUACCCAGGUGGCCGAUGAAUCGGUGGAAAGUACCCGCCGUAUGUUGGCCUACAUGGAAGAGAGCAAGGAGGCUGGUAUACGCACCCUGGUCGCAUUGGAUGAUCAGGGCGAACAAUUGGAUCGCAUCGAAGAGGGUAUGGAUCGCAUUAAUGCCGACAUGAAAGAAGCCGAAAAGAAUUUAAGCGGCAUGGAGAAAUGCUGUGGCAUUUGUGUCCUACCCUGGAAAAAGGUCUCCAUCAAGGAUGAUGCUGAUAAUGCGUGGAAAAAGAACGAUGAUGGUAAAAUUGUCAAUAACCAGCCACAGCGUGUCAUCGACGAAAGGGAGCGGGGUGGUAUGGGCCAGCCACCACAGACCGGUUACAUUGCUCGGAUUACAAAUGAUGCCCGCGAAGAUGAAAUGGACGAAAAUCUCGGACAAGUUAAUGCCAUGUUGGGUAAUUUACGUAAUAUGGCACUGGAUAUGGGCUCCGAGCUGGAGAAUCAGAAUAUACAAAUCGACCGUAUCAAUGCAAAGGGUGAUGCGAAUAAUGCGCGCAUGUCGGGUGUCAAUCAGAGGGCUAACAAUUUGCUCAAGAGUUAAAUUUAAGUAUUACAUAGAAGAAGAAGCAAAAAACAGCACAACAACAACACAAUUAUUACAACACUAACAACAUAGCAG